AUGGCCACUGCGAACGCCAAACUGUACGAUCCCCGCCAAGUUCUUGAUCAUCCAGAAUUCAAGAUCCUUGGACCGAACGACAAGCCAGCCAAGGAUGCUAACAUUGCCGUAUUCUACAAUCACCACCAUGAGUUGCAUAUGGUAGAGAAACCCCGUCCCAAGCCUGGUCCAGGUCAGGUUCUCUUACAUAUUCGAGCGUCUGGCAUCUGUGGAAGCGAUAUUCAUUAUUGGCGCUACGGAAGGAUCGGUAAUAUGGUGCUUCAUGACGAGUGUGGAUCCGGACAUGAAUCUGCCGGGGAGGUGAUUGAACUCGGAGAAGGCGUUACCGAGCUCAAAGUCGGUGACCGAGUGACCAUCGAGGCAGAAAUUCCCUGCUUCCAACCUUCCUGCGAGCCAUGCCGAACUGGCAAGUACAACGGAUGUCCGAAUGUCGUUUUUCUGUCCGCUCCUCCAUAUCACGGCACAUUGACAAAAUGGCACGUACAUCCCGCUGCAUGGUUGCAUCGUAUCCCCGACAACAUGUCCUUUGAAGAAGGCGCUCUCUGUGAACCCUUGACUGUCGCACUAGCAGGUGUGGAGGGCUCAGGUCUUCGCUUAGGAGAUCCAACGCUUAUCUGUGGUGCCGGGCCCAUCGGAUUAGCCACUCUUCUCUCCGCUCGUGCUGCUGGUGCCGAACCUAUUGUCAUUACUGACCUCUUCCAAAACCGUCUCGACUUUGCGAAGAAAUUGGUCCCUACUGUUCGCACCGUUCUCAUCGAACGCGACCUAAGUUUAGAGGACCAGGCAGCGAAGAUCAAAGCUGCCGCUGGUAUGGCAUUCAGAGUAGGCUUGGAAUGCACUGGUGUAGAGUCCAGCAUUGCUACUGCCGCUUAUACUAUCAAGUUUGGUGGUACGCUCAUGGUCAUUGGGGUAGGAAAGAGUCCGCAAACAUAUCCUUUCAUGCAGCUAAGUUUGAAUGAAAUCAGUCUCAAAUUUAUCAACCGCUACGUCGAUCAGUAUCCAAAGGCUAUCCGUCUCAUUUCUGGAGGGCUAAUUGAUAUGAAACCCCUUGUUACUCAUCGAUUUGCCCUUGAGGACGCCAUGGAUGCUUUCAAUGUGGCAGCUGACCUCACACAAGGUGCUAUUAAAGUACAGAUCCAGGAUAUGGAGGACUAG